AUGCUACGUGGGAGCCCAAACGGGGAGGAUAGGGGAGCUUUAAAAAUGGAAGAAAAGUUAGAAGUUGAAUCUUUAUUAAAUUUUAUCCCUUCGAAGGUUAAGUUCAAAGGUCAAAUACGAAGGGAGUCGGACAUAAUGGAAAAACAAAAAAAAAAGGUUCCCUUAACCUCUUGGCACACCUGGAAUUCAAAAAACGUUUCGAUGAGUAAAAUAAGCCAGAACUCUAAGGUUCACACUCGCGAAAGUGGAAAUCCCACCUGA